UUGUCGUAGCCGAGCUCCCUUCAAAAGCUCACCCUGAGUAUCUCAUAAGGCGAGAUAUCCGGCGUUCAAUUAAAGCUACCACACAGUACAAACAUGUCAACGCGAGCUAUUGUCAUUGAUUGCGGGUCCGCGUUCACUAAGGCUGGCUUCGGCGGUGACCGGCAGCCUCUCAGAGCAUUCCCAACGGCCAUCCAGUAUCCUACUAGGACAAACGAGAACAGGGACACUAAUCUUUGGACAAGCACUUAUAAUGUUGGCCACGCCGUCAACCCGGAUUAUGAAGGCCUCAAACGCCCUCUGUACCCGAUUAGAGCAUGCGGCGUGGUGACUGACUGGCAGGAUGCAGCUCGAAUCCGGGACUACGCGCUCACGGAGCUUGGGGCCUCCAUACCGCUCUCCUUCCACCCGAUCAUCAUGACAGAGCCACUCCACAUCCCUCGCACCCAGCGGACGGCUAUGAUUUCCGAGGUAUUCGAGUACCUUUCUGUGCCGGCUUUCUAUACGACCGUCCCGGCCGUGUUGUCAACGUACGCGGCCAACCUACCCACCGCUCUCGUCGUCGACUCGGGUUAUGCAGUGACCUGGACUCUGCCAGUUCACGACCACGCGCCUCUCGUGCACCCUUCCCGUAUGCAUGAUGUUUCGGGACAGGCAAUAGACGACUGGUUGCAGCAAGCUCUCAUAAACGAAGUCGGUGUCGAGCUUCCGUCAAAUGGGGCCUGGGACAUUGCUCUUUGGUUAGCCAAGACUGAGCGAUGCCGCGUCGCGAUGGACUUUGAGGAGGAAUCCAUGCGGUGGAAGAAGAGCUUGGAUGACGAACGGCAAGAUGAAGUAUGGGAGUUGCCUGACGGGUUGAAGGUGAAGCCUAACACCCCGCUUGGUCUGCGAGCGGGUGAGGUGUCGUUCAAGCCUUCUAUGCUGGGGCUUGAUGUUGGUGGGCUACAGUAUGAUGCUUUUAAUGUUACCAUGAACUGCAACCGAGACAUACGGGAGGAACUUUGCCAGAACGUCCUGCUCGCUGGCGGGAACACUAUGUUUCCUGGAUUCGGGGCCAGGUUGGAGUGUGAGUUGAAAGGUCUAUUUAAAGAGGGUACUAAAAUCAACGUCAUCUCUCCUCGGAAUAGAGCAUAUUCGGCCUGGGUUGGGGGUUCCAUGGUGAGCGAACUUUCCACAUUUGAAGGGAUGUGUGUUACAAAGGCAGAGUAUGAAGAGGCAGGACCGGAGAUAGCAAACAAGAAGUUUCUGUGACAUGACCUACAUAGAGUGUUGUAUUUAUUCGGUGUUCUCUUACCUCACUUGCCACAAUCGAGUGAUGGGUGUAAUAAGGUGUAAAGCAUGCUAAGAAACAGAACAACGAUA